UGCCAGGGAUCUCUUAUGAAUCCGAAAGGGUUAAUCCGAGGUCCCCGAGAGGAACCGAUCCCCAGAGACAAAUUACUACUCCAAGCAACUGAGUUUAUCCAUCUUUUCUACAACACACUUCAAAAGGCAGAAACGGAAGAGCACACAACACGGCUGGAAGCAGUGGCUCAAGAGAUAGAGAGAACAGGAACUUAUCAACUCACCAAAGAAGAGCUUAUCUUUGCCACAAAACAAGCCUGGAGAAAUGCUCCUCGGUGCAUCGGGAGAAUCCAGUGGUCCAAUUUACAGGUGUUCGAUGCUCGCAGUUGCACUAAUGCUAAAGAAAUGUUUGAACAUCUUUGUCGCCAUUUGGAGUAUGCUACGAAUGGAGGGAACAUAAGGUCCACCAUCACUGUCUUCCCCCACAGGACUGAUGGAAAGCACGAUUUCCGAAUAUGGAACAAUCAACUCAUCCAGUAUGCUGGCUACCAGAUGCCAGAUGGAUCCACUGUGGGAGAUCCAGCCAAUGUGGAGUUUACACAACUCUGCCUCCAGCUUGGCUGGAGAGCCAAAUAUGGCUGCUUUGAUGUGCUUCCACUGGUCCUGCAAGCCAAUGGUCAAGACCCAGAAUUAUUUGAAUUGCCGCCAGAGCUCAUCCUGGAGGUGUCGAUGGAGCAUCCCACAUAUGAAUGGUUUAAAGACCUGGACUUGAAGUGGUAUGCCGUUCCAGCUGUGUCUAAUAUGCUCCUUGAAGUUGGUGGGUUGGAAUUUACAGCCUGUCCUUUUAAUGGCUGGUACAUGGGGACUGAGAUUGGCGUACGGGACUUCUGCGACGUCCGGCGCUACAAUAUUCUUCAGGAAGUGGGGAGAAGGAUGGGCCUGGAAACAAACAAACUCUCUUCCCUGUGGAAAGACAAAGCUGUUAUAGAGGUGAACGUUGCUGUGCUCCAUAGUUUUCAGAAACAAAGCGUCACUAUCAUGGACCACCAUUCUGCUGCCGAAUCCUUCAUGAAGUACAUGCAGAAUGAAUACCGGAUUCGUGGGGGGUGUCCGGCUGAUUGGGUUUGGCUGGUUCCCCCCAUCUCGGGUAGCAUUACCCCCCUCUUCCAUCAGGAGAUGUUGAAUUACAUUAUUUCACCCUUUUAUUAUUAUCAGGUGGAUGCCUGGAAAACACACAUCUGGAAAGACGAGAAACACAAGCCAAAGAAAAGAAAGAUCAGAUUCUGCAUAUGGGCCAAGGCUGUGUUGUUUGCGUCCUCGUUGAUGCGAAGAGCCAUGGCUGUCAGGAUCAAAGCAACGGUGCUCUAUGCAACAGAAAUGGGGAAAUCAGAGACUCUCGCUCGAAAGCUGGGGGAUAUAUUCAAUUGUGCCUUCAGUACCAAGGUUACUUGUAUGGUGGAUUACAACCUAAGAGACCUUGAGAAGGAAACUCUACUUCUGGUGGUCACCAGCACUUUUGGAAAUGGCGAUGCACCAAGCAAUGGCAAAACUCUGCAGAAUGCCCUCUUAUCAAUGAAACAACUGAGUAACAAAUUCCGGUAUGCUGUCUUCGGCUUGGGUUCAAGCAUGUAUCCAGAAUUCUGUGCCUUUGCCCAUCUUGUGCACCAAAAACUUGCCCAGUUGGGGGCAUUUCCAGUCAGCCCAAUGGGUGAAGGAGAUGAACUCAACGGGCAAGAAGAAGCUUUUCGGAACUGGGCCAUUCUUACAUUUCAGACUGCCUGUGAAAUGUUUGAUAUCCGUGGAAAGCACAAGAUCCUGUUGCCAAAAGAAUAUACAUGUAAGGAAACCUGGAACCCCAAGGAUUUUAGGAUUGUAUAUGAUUCUCGGCCAUUGGAGUUAGAGAAAGCACUUGGUGAUAUUCAUGGGAAAAAUGUACUUCCAUUGACCCUCAAAUUUCGGCAGAAUCUUCAAAGUUCACAGUCCAGCCGUGUUACCAUGCUAAUUAAACUUUCCUGUGAAACCAAUCAGGAAAUCAACUAUCUCCCAGGAGAUCAUCUUGGGAUCUUCCCUGCAAACCGAGAAGCUUUGGUUGAUGGGAUCAUCUCCCAUGUUGCAGAUGCUCCUCCAUUCAACGAAACCUUUAGACUGGAAACAUGCCGCGAUUGUGGCUACUGGACUCCUUACAAAAAGUUUCCAGCAUGUUCACUGUCCCAAGCUUUGAUGCAUUUCCUUGAUGUCACCUCUCCUCCUUCCCAGCAGUUGCUAAGAUCAUUUUCCCAGCUGGCAGAAGAUAAAAGUGAGAAGGAAAGGCUGAAUCUCUUGUGUCAUCCCUCUGAAUACAACAAGUGGAAAUUUUACAACAGCCCCAAUCUCUUGGAAGUCCUGGAGGAAUUCCCAUCCAUCAGGCUCUCAACAUCCUUCUUGCUCUCUCAGCUGCCUUUACUCAAGCCCAGAUAUUACUCCAUCAGUUCUUCGCAGGAUUGGGACCCCCAGGAAUUGCAUUUGACUGUGGCUGUGGUGACCUACAGACCUAGAAAUGGGAAAGGUCCAGUGCACCAGGGCGUUUGCAGUGCUUGGUUGAACACAAUGGCCCCGAAAAAGACAAUUCCCUGUUUUAUUCGCAGUGCUGAUGGAUUCCAACUUCCAAAAGAUCCAAGAAAACCGUGCAUCCUGAUUGGUCCUGGUACAGGAAUUGCUCCUUUUAGAAGCUUCUGGCAACAACGACACUUUGACUUAGAAAAGAAAGGGAUCCAAGGGAGGGGUCUGAUCCUGCUGUUCGGCUGCCGGCACUCAAGCCUGGACCACCUCUAUCGAGAGGAAAUGGAGGAGAUGCAUCGGAAAGGGAUUCUCCAAGAGGUCUACACAGCUUACUCCAGAGAGCCCGGGAGUCCCAAAGUUUAUGUGCAGGACCUCCUUCGGAAUGAAUUGGAAGCAGAGGUGUACAGACUUCUCCAUGAAGAAGAGGGACACCUGUAUGUCUGCGGGGACAUCCGCAUGGCCAGCGAAGUGGCUAAGACCUUAAAGGAGAUGUUUGCAAAGAAACUGAGUUUGACCGAAGAGGAAGCAGAGGACUACUGUUUUCAGCUGAAGAGGCAGAAACGAUACAAAGAGGACAUUUUUGGAGCAACGUUUCCAAAAGAGAACCAAAGAACCAUGGAAGAAGUUAAAACUGAAAGAACCAUAAAAGUUUUAGAAGCUCAAGCCCAGCUAAAACUUUAACCGUAACUUCCUACCCAGGGGCCUUCUUUAGCCUCAACAGGGGUCCCCAAAUGUUGCUUUUACAGCAGCAUCUGCCAAUGUGGA